AUGUUAAUUGCUUUCACCGGUUCGCCUGGAAGCGAACGUCAGUUUCAGUGCGCUGACUGUUCGGCGGAUAAUCCUGUAUGGGCUUCUCUAAACAGGGGCGUUUUAAUCUGUUCAGAAUGUUGCUAUAUCCACAGAAAUUUAGGUAGGCAUGUGAGUAACCUGCGCUCUUUACAAAAAGGAAAUUGGAACAAAAAUCAGUUGGAGUUGAUGUAUACUCUUUACGCAAAUGGUUCGAACAGCAUAUGGGAGCACACAUUGCUUGACCCGCUUAAUUCUGGAAAAGUUAAACGAAAACCGCAGCCCCAUGAUCCCGUCAUACCAGUUAAAGAAUCCUUUAUCAAAGAGAAAUAUGCUAAUUCAGCGUUUUCGCUGAGACCUUCUAAAGAUGAAGGACCCAUUACUCAGGAAGAUUUGGACAGGCAGUUGUGGUCUUGUGUAAGGACGUCUCACAUUGUAACCACUUUGAGGUUGCUGGCCUUAGGGGCAGACCCAAAUUAUGCGGACCCUGAGAAGCACAAUGCGCCUUUACAUAUUGCUGCUAAAGAAGGCCAGGCGUUACAGGUGGAGUUAUUGUGGAUUUAUGGCGCUGAUGCAGGUCAAGUAAAUGCUAGUGAUCUUACCCCCUCCCAGAUCGCAAAACUAGAAAAUCACCACGAAUUGGCUCUUCGUUUGGAGGAUUUGAGAUUUGAAGUUACUGAUCGAUUUUCGAUGUUUCUUUGCAACAGGAAGCCUGACCACUCUCGAAACCAGGAUUUUUUGGUUCCUGAAAUGAUAAGUGAAGAGCUGUUUACUUCAGAAGUAACUGCUUUAAGACGUCGGCUCUCUGUUUUGCCACCACAUUGUUUUGAACGAAUAGUUCAAGAUGUGUAUGACGAGGUCGAUCGUCGUGAAACAGCUGUUGCAUGGAAUGCUGUUAUGCAGAGUGUUCAACCUAUAAAUUUGAGUAACGAACAGUGGAUUGCUGUUUUUUUGCCGCCCAACCCUGAGAUGACAGCUACGCGGAACCAACUGAGGCAGAAGCUGGCAAAAUGUGGUGCCAGAGAAUUUGCUACUCUUAUCGUUGAUAUCUUGAAAGAAGCGAGACGAAGAGACGGACUUGGCAGAGAUUAUGACGAUGUGGCUGAAAGCAAUGCCAGUACCUCAAGGACGUCGGGAAGUUUCAGUUUAAGCCACAAAAGCGAAGGUCAGACUGAACCAGCCCCAGUUGGCGGAUCUGUUUCGCUAGAUGACUUCCUAGAACUAAAGGAGAAAGUUCUUGAGACUGAGGAAAAGCUGAGCGUUGCCCAGCAGACCAACGAAACUUUGACAAAGGUGUUGAAUCGUUUGCAAACCGAUUUUGAGCGUCUCUCUGCUGAUAAUGUGGAAGUAAGGAACGUGCUAACAAGAUUGCGUGAUGCUUAUGGUUAUGGCGAGCUGUUUACAAAACGGAAAUCAACAUCUAAUGUAGCUUUAUCUUCCACUUUGCCAGGCACAGUUCAACUCAUGACAAGGCAUGCAUCUGUUGGUAGUCCUUCUACCAUGACCAAACAGGGAUUAAGGUACCGAUUCGAGAGCGACCCCGCAGUGGAUACUGCUGGAUAUGAUGAUAGGUACAGUAAGAGGAAGAAUGUAUCAGAAUUCGGCGUUAAUUACCAAGUGUUCCCCGACAAUCUGAUUGUUGAAACUGAGCGUUUAACUAGAGCAAUUAAGCUUUUGUUGUCGGAUGCACAGUUCAAUCGUUUGGCACUUCGAGCGCCUGAUCAUGCUUAUGCGGUUGCGGUCCAGGUAGACCGAAUUAUGGCGGCCGUGCCCAAAGCGAAAUGCACUACUGAGGUCACUUUCUGUUUAAAGACAAUUACAGAUGCUACAGUUAAGCUUUCUGCAAAGUGUAAUAUUCCAUCAGUGGACGUAGACGAGACCUGUAAUGCUGCAUAUGACGUUGCGAAGGCUGCAAAGAACUUGUUAGUUGCAGUGCAUGAACGUUAG